CAGCCCCGGUGGCCGGGCUCCAUGGGCCCCGGAACCAGGAUAAGUAGAUAGGCCGCCGCGAGGAAGGGGGGUACGGGGCGGAGCGUGCCCUUGAUUUUCUAUACGGGUUCCGGGGUCCUGUAGCGGCACACUGAGAGGAGAGGAAAGGGCGGCGGCCCUGGAACCUGGAUAUCGCGCGAGAUUUGUGACCUGGAAGGAAGUCUCUGACCUUAGCUGUGGCUCUCGGUGCUGGCCAAAAGCCAACUUCAUGUCUCAGUGCACAAGCAGUAGUUUGCCAUGGAGAGCUUGGGUCUGCAGGCGGUGACCCUUAGUGAUGGGACAACAGCCUACAUCCAGCAAGCUAUCAAAGGAGAGAAGCUGCUUGAAGGGCAAGUGAUCCAGCUUGAGGACGGGACCACUGCAUAUAUUCACCAAGUGACAGUGCAAAAAGAAUCUCUCUCCUUUGAGGAUGGACAGCCCGUGCAGCUGGAAGAUGGCAGCAUGGCCUACAUACACCGUACACCCAAAGAGGGCUAUGACCCCAGCGCCCUGGAAGCCGUCCAGCUGGAAGAUGGCUCCACCGCCUACAUUCACCACCCUGUGGCUGUGCCAUCAGACAGCACCAUCCUGGCCGUGCAGACAGAGGUGGGCUUGGAGGAUCUGGCCACAGAAGAGGAUGAGGGCUUCAGUGCAGACACAGUGGUGGCCCUGGAGCAGUAUGCCAGCAAGGUUCUGCAUGACAGCCAAGCUCCUCAUAAUGGCAAAGGACAGCAGGUUGGGGACAGAGCAUUCCGCUGUGGCUACAAGGGCUGUGGACGUCUCUACACCACCGCUCAUCACUUAAAGGUACACGAACGAGCGCAUACAGGUGACCGUCCAUAUAGGUGUGACUUCCCCAGCUGCGGAAAAGCCUUUGCCACAGGAUAUGGGCUGAAGAGCCACGUACGCACCCACACUGGGGAGAAGCCAUACAAGUGCCCAGAGGAGCUGUGCAGCAAGGCCUUUAAGACCUCUGGAGACCUGCAGAAGCAUGUCCGUACUCACACUGGUGAACGCCCUUUCCGGUGCCCCUUCGAGGGCUGUGGCCGUUCCUUCACCACGUCUAACAUCCGGAAGGUACAUGUGCGCACCCACACGGGUGAGCGGCCCUACACCUGCCCUGAGCCUCACUGUGGCCGCGGCUUCACCAGCGCCACCAACUAUAAGAAUCACGUGCGCAUCCACACAGCCUUCUGUGUCACUCCUCUCAGCCAUGUGUCUCCCUUGCUUUCUCAUCUCACCCGACAACUCCAGUUAUCCCUUUAUCUCCUCUCCCUCAGUUCACCACUCUCAACUCUCCCACCCUCAACCUUACCAACCCCGACCUGCUCCCCCCACCCCAUCAGCCCCUUUACCAGCCUUGCUCUGUCCCAUUUUCUCUCUACCUUGUCUCUGGGUUUAACAGUCCCAUGCCCAUAUCCUUUCUGUGUCCCACUGCCAUCUUCCCCAACUCUGUUCAUUCAUAGUCCCAGAUCUCAGUCCCUCUCCCUCCCUCUGUGGCUGUCCCCUCACCAACCCUGUCCCCACCCCUGUCCCCUUAGUUUUCCCCUUGCCAGCCCCAGUUCCCACCCCCCUCACAGCCCAGUGUCCCCAGGGGAGAAGCCAUACGUUUGCACGGUACCAGGCUGUGGGAAGCGCUUCACCGAGUACUCAAGCUUGUACAAGCACCACGUGGUGCACACACACUGCAAGCCCUACACCUGCAGCACCUGUGGCAAGACCUACCGGCAAACCUCCACUCUGGCCAUGCACAAGCGAAGCGCCCAUGGCGAGCUGGAGGCCACGGAGGAGAGCGAGCAGGCCCUUUAUGAGCAACAGCAGCUUGAGGCUGUCUCUGCUGCUGAGGAGAGCCCACCACCCAAACGACCCCGCAUUGCUUACCUUUCGGAGGUGAAGGAAGAGGGCGAUGACAUACCAGCUCAAGUGACCAUGGUGACAGAGGAGGACGGGGCCCCCCAGGUGGCUCUGAUCACUCAGGAUGGCACCCAGCAGCAGGUCAGCCUGUCCCCGGAAGACCUCCAGGCCCUGGGGAGUGCCAUCAGUGUGGUGACCCAGCACGGCAGCACCACCCUCACUAUUCCCAGUCAUGAUGACGACCUUGCCACAUCUGGCACACAUACAGUCACCAUGGUCAGCGCCGAUGGCUCCCAGACGCAGCCCGUCACAAUCAUUACCUCUGGAGCUGUAUUGGCUGAGGACUCAAGUGUAGCAUCCCUUCAUCAUCAACAGGUGGCGCUGUUGGCCACAGCCAAUGGAACACACAUUGCAGUGCAGCUGGAGGAGCAGCAAACCUUAGAGGAUGCCAUCAGCGUGGCCACUGCUGCCAUGCAGCAAGGAGCCAUGACCCUGGAGACAACAGCGUCUGAGAGUGGCUGCUGAGUCUGACAGGGCUGGCUGCUACACCGUGAUGGAGGAGGUGCUGUGCUGUACAGGCAUGCGUGCCUCCAAGGGGCCAGGCUGUGGCUGACACAUGGAAGGUGGCCACAUUGGUCUCUGGGGCAAGAAGGCAGCAGGAAAAUGGCCAACUGAGGGAACCACGGUUCCUCCCCUAGAGGAUAGCCAGGCAGCCAAAUCAGGGGAGCACAACAUCCUCAGGAGCUGAGGAUAAGCCUGAUCCCCAGGCUGAUCACCAGGGCGCCUUCCCCUCAAAAUUAGCUGAGUAUCAGCUCCACUCUCUCUAGAGAACAUUCUUCCCAUCCUCAGUCCUCUCUUCCCUUCCUCAGGUGGAAAUCUGGGCUGCUGUGGGAACUAGUCCUCCACCUCGACUGGUCACUGCCCAUCAGCAGAGAGGGCAUACAGCUCUUUAGCUCAGUAGGGGCCGAGCAGGCCCAACCCUGCCACAGGGGUUUCCCAGCUCCUGUCCUUCCCAGCAAUAACCACCUCCCUGGAGGCCAGCCGAGAUGCCUGGCCACUUGGCAGCAGGGACUUCCUCAGAAUUCCUCAGGGGCCUGUGGCUGGAAAAAGCGUGCCCAGCCUCCACCAUUCCCCAGCUGCUCCCUAACCUCUUUGUGGCAGAGGCAGGGAGUGGUCCUGUAUAUAGACAGCUGGGGAUUGGGAUUAGUUUUGUUUUUUUUGUUUUUAAUUCCAUUUUGAUAAUUUUUUUUCUGUUCUGGGCAGUGGUGGCAGAUGGGUGAAUGAGUAUUUAAUAAAAGUUCCAAGUUUCCA